CGGAGACGAUCCUAGGAAACGGACCAAUCGCGUCGUCACACGAGUGUUGCCACGUUUCGGACGGGCCCGUUUGACAUUCGGAGUGCGUCGCCGUUGUCUUUUCUGUCCGGUUCAUCGUCGAGUCAAGAAGUGUGAAAAAAAAAGAAAACGCAAUCAUGAGGUUCUUGUACGGCGCGGGGCUCCUGUUUGCGCUCGCGGGGGCCGUCCUCUGCGACGACAUCAAGAGCGAAGAAGGCGUGCUCGUCCUCAACAAGGACAACUUCGAGAAGGCGACCGCAGACAAUGAGUUCAUCCUCGUCGAGUUUUACGCGCCGUGGUGCGGCCACUGCAAGGCGCUCGCCCCAGAAUACGAGAAAGCGGCCAAGACUCUGGCCGAAAAGGAGUCACCCAUCAAGCUGGCCAAGGUCGACGCCACCGAGGAGCAAGAACUGGCGGAGCGUUUCGGCGUCAGGGGCUACCCCACCCUCAAGUUCUUCCGCAACGGCACCCCCUUGGAGUACAGCGGCGGCAGACAGGCGCUCGACAUAGUCGCGUGGCUCGUUAAAAAAACGGGCCCGCCCGCCGCGGACCUCAAGAGCGUCGGCGACGUCGCCGCCCUAAUCGACGCCAACCCCAUCGCCGUGGUCGGCUUCUUCAAGGACCAAUCGACGGAUCUGGCGAAGCAGUUCUUGGCCGUCGCGGCGUCCGUCGACGACGUGCCGUUCGGCGUCGUCGCCGACGACGACGUCGUCGCCAAUUACGAGGCGGCCGACCAGCAGAUCGUGCUGUUUAAAAAGUUCGACGAGGGGCGCGCCACUUACGACGGCCCGGCCGUCGAGAAGGACAUCAAGAAGUUCGUCCAGGUCAAUCAGCUGCCGCUGCUGGUCGAGUUCAACCACGAGACCGCACAGAAGGUGUUCGGUGGCGAGAUCAAGUCCCACCUGCUGCUCUUCCUCAACAAAAACGACGAGGAGGCGUACGCGCGCGUCACCGAAGCGGCCCGCUCGGUGGCCGCACCGUUCCGCGAGCAGGUCCUCUUCGUCAGCAUCGACGCCAACGAGGAGGACCACCAGCGCAUCCUCGAGUUCUUCGGCAUGAAGAAGGACGAGGUUCCCGCAGCGCGGCUCAUCAAACUCGAGGAGGACAUGGCCAAGUACAAGCCCGAUUUCGUCGACCUCACCGCCGACAACCUGAAGAAAUUCGUGGGCGACUUCCUCGACGGCAAACUCAAGCAGCACCUGCUCAGCCAGGACCUGCCCGCGGAUUGGGACGCGAAACCGCUGAAGACGCUGGUCGCGAGCAACUUCGACGAUGUCGCCUUCGACGAGGCCAAGGACGUCCUGGUGGAGUUUUACGCCCCGUGGUGCGGCCACUGCAAGCAGCUCGCCCCCAUUUACGAGCAAGUGGCGGAGCAUUUCAAAGACAACGCGGGCGUGGCGAUCGCGCAGAUGGAUUCGACCGCCAACGAGCUGGAGACUAUCAAGGUGACGAGUUUCCCCACGAUAAAACUGUUCAAGAAGGGCGACAACCACGCGGUCGACUACAACGGCCCCAGGACCUUCGACGGCAUCGUCAAGUUCGUGGAGAGCGGAGGAAAGGACGGCGCGGACGCGGACGAACCCCUGGAGGACACGGACGAGGAGGCGCCAGCGAAAGACGAGUUGUAAGAGAGAGAGGAGUUGUAGGUUAGGUCUUCCGGCGACCGCGAAGGGUCGAGAUAUUUUUUUAUUCACGUUUUGCAAGGUUAGUGCGCGAGCGAGCGGCCAGUUUUGGCGUUUAUUUGGAACGUUUGUGUUAUUGGAAAUCGCGUAAGGAAAUAAAAAUUUAAAGGAA